AAUGUUUUUUAUUUGUGAAAAAAAUAUUGAACAGUGUAAAGUUUUGUAAGAAUUGUUAAAAAUUAAAUUAUUCUGAAUUGAAAAUCAAAAAAAAUGUCAGAAUCCUCUCAUAUGGAAGCACCACCGUCGGUGCGAUUGACAAAUGAUGAUUUUCGAAAACUGUUAGCAACUCCAAGAGCACCAGCAUCUGGCUCGGCCACCUCAUUGGCAACAGCAACUUUUGCCACCCCAGGUACACCUGCAUCUGCCGAAAAGAAGAAAACUCCAAACGCAGCAGCUGGUAGCAGUAGUGAACGUGGUGAUUUGAGACGUAAGAAGAAAAAUUUUUACGCAGCCCUUAAGAAACAAGAGGACAAUAAGUUGCAAGAAUUGUCGGAGAAGUACAGAGAUCGUGCCCGCGAAAGAAGAGAUGGUGCGAAUCCGGAUUAUCAAAAUGUUAGUACACCUGGUCAUGGCAACACAAAUGCGUACCGAGCUGUUGCUCCGGACAUGAAGUCGGGCAUUGAUGCAGCCGAAAGAAGAAGACGUAUUAUACAGGAAUCCAAGUUUUUGGGUGGUGAUAUGGAGCAUACUCAUUUGGUAAAGGGUCUGGAUUAUGCCCUUUUGCAAAAAGUUCGUUCAGAAUUAACGGUAAAAGAACUGGAAGAACGUGAAAUGGCUGCUGCAGCAGCGGCCUCAGAGAAAAUGGCUGAAGCUCAGGCAGCUGCUGAGAGACUGGAACAAGAACGUAGAGAAGCUGAAGAUAGUAUGGCUGUAAAGGGACCAAUGGCACGUAAUAUAUUUAAUAUUAUACAAGCCAGACGUUCAAAAGAAAUACAACGCAUUGAGUUAUUUGCUCCUGGAAGAAUGGCUUAUGUUAUCGACUUGGAAGAUGAUACUGGAGAAACUGAUAUUCCAACUACAUUGAUACGUUCGAAAUAUGAGGUUCCUCUAAAUAGGGAAGAUGCGGCUACAUUGACAACAAACGAUAUUGUAAUCAAUAAAUUAUCUCAAAUUUUGUCUUAUUUAAGAGCCGGUGGACGUAAUAAGAAAAAUAAGAAACGUGAUAAAGAUAAGCCUUUAUUCCAUGAACGCGAUAUAGAUCAAUUACAUUCUUCGGCAAUGUCAUCCUCUAAAUCUGCGCUUAAACAAGCAACAAACGAUUCCAUAUAUGAUGACAUUGGUGAUUAUCAAGCACCCAGCAAAAAUGAUUCCAAGUCAAAAUCAGACAAAUAUGGCCAUUCGUCCUCAUCAUCAUCGUCUAAACCUACCAGCUCUUCCUACUUUGGGGAUACCAACAAGCAGUCCGAUGAAGUUGAGCCUAUUAUUACCAAUAUACCACCUCCACCCAAAAUUAAUAAAGCGAUUGUGUCACGCUUUGCAAAUGAACCUGAAGGCUAUGCUGAAUGUUAUCCUGGUCUUGAGGAAAUGAAUGAUGCCAUAGAUGACUCCGAUGAUGAGGUGGAUUAUACAAAAAUGGAUUUGGGCAAUAAAAAGGGUCCUAUAGGUCGUUGGGAUUUCGAUACCCAAGAAGAAUACUCUGAUUAUAUGAGCACCAAAGAAGCUUUACCAAAAGCUGCCUUUCAAUAUGGUGUUAAAAUGCAGGAUGGCCGUAAAACGCGUAAAAACAAAACCGAGAAAAGUGAAAAAGCCGAGUUGGAUAGAGAAUGGCAAAAAAUUCAGGGCAUUAUACAAAAACGUAAAUCUAAAACUUCAUCCGAUGAACCAGAUUACAAACAAGCAAAAUAUUAAUUUAAUUUUCUUAAAAAUAAUUUUCAAUUCAAUUAACUACAUCAUAAUCAUCUUUAAAAAUUAUUCAUCAUUUUACCCCAUUUCCCAAAAAUACAAAGUGAGUAUAUUCAUCA